GCAUACUUACGGAAAUUGAAUUUCAAUUUCGAAAAGAGCUGGGUCACUGACUCACUGGCUAGGAGAAGGUCCCAAGACAAGAGGACUACUGAAUGUCCAGAAUCCACAAACGGGAAAAAGAUUGCCAGAAUCAGAAAUUGUAAUUCGUUGAUAACGUCUUUCCUUCCUCAACUAUUGGUGACGGUAGUUUGCAACCAUAAUGCGGAGGCAAAAUUCGAUUUGCGUAAAUUCCCUCCCAGACCCUCCUCCUACCUUUUCUGCUUGCUCUGCUAUGUAAUGAAUGGUUGGAAAUUCUGAGAUGCUGUUCAACCGCACUGAACAUUUAAUUUUGCAGGAAAUUCCAGAUUCAGAUCAAAGCAUUUCUGAGGAGGAAGAUUCAGACGACGUUGGCCUGGAGAUUGCCGUUUCUUUGGAUCCUUCUGCCAAGAACCAGGAAGAACUGCCUCUUCCAGUUCGGCUGGAUUUUCUAAGAGGUUCCAGUAGACGAAGCUUGGAUGGGAAUGGGAGCAGUUGUUCAUUUGAGAAACCAACAGGUGUGGUGCAUGAAGAUGAGGUUGAAUUGCCGGACUUUGAGGAGGUUGAAUUAAGUCGCUUUUCAGGAGAGAUAGCUGCCAACUCAAGUGACGAAGAAGUAAUUUCUGAAGAUGAGGGCAAGACUGUACUUCCGAGAAUUAUUAUUGGCUCUAGGACCAAAGGCAGGGAGCUUUAUAAAUAUGGUGCUUGUUCUAUUAGGAGUGAGCAAGUUGGGCAUGUCAAUGAAGAAUAUGAAGCAUUGCUACAUGCCAAAGGAAGUGUAUCUUCCUCCAAAGCAAAUAGAUGCAGUGAUGGAAUCUGGGGCAAAGCCGUGCCAAAAUUUUCAAAGCAAUCAUUGUCACAUGAGCAUGAACCCUCUGGUGCUUCGAUCUCCAAUUGUGAUGAAACUGUGCCAUUCAAGAUUCAUGGAUUGCCUCAAGCCACAGAAACUGUUAGUCCUGGGAUUUCUGCAUGUUCAAUUGAGAGUUUUCUUGAAGACGACGAUGAAGUGGGAAAUAUAUCAGAGACUCAGCAUACUGAACAAGAAUGUCCUGCACAUGGAUUGAAUCUGCACUCAAUGGCUGAUCUUGUCGACAACCUUCAAGAUAAGGCUUAUUCUAAUUUGCCACAUUAUUGUCAAAAAAGAGGAAAGAAAGUAAAGCAUUUUCCAAUUAGGAGCAGAUCCCUCUUGCAAGACAGAAGUAAUGGUGGGGAUUCCCCUGAGCCUAUGGAUAGUGGAUCAUCAAGUGGUAAUGAGGUGAGUGACCAAAAUACGAAGAUUGCUUUCCCAGAAAAGAAAAUGCAGACCAUGGCCGAUCGAUUUCAGCAAGCUUUAGGGGCUUCCCGUGUGACUGAUGAAGGGACUUGUGUUGCAGCACUCAAAUCAUUUGGAGCUGGAAUAUUUGGAAACUUGCAGCGUGUCAUGCAGAGAGAAAAAGAAAGGGAUGCUGACUUUUUGAAAAGGUCACAAGCUGGAGCUAGCCAGCAUGGUGUGCUUGGCGGUGUUGAUGUAAAAAUCAUUUCAAGAUACUUGGAUGGAAAGCUGAUUGUAUGUUGUUGCUUAUUUUGCAAAUACACAGAGGAGUUUUUGUUGCCGGGUAACUCCGAAAGAAUGAUGUGUGAAGGCCACGAAGGGACGGUCAUCUUUAAUCCAAGGGUUAGUGAUGUUGACCUCGAAGUUGGAAACAUGAUCCGUAUUCACCCGCCGUGGAAACAAGUUCCAGUGGGAAAUGAUAAUAUCAUGUUGUGCACAUAUUUCUCUGAGAUUCCCUGCCCGGAUUGAUUCCCUCGAGAUAUCAACGAAUUCAAUCACGUGGUUCGUUUGAUAAUUAACGUGCUUUGGUCUAUAUCAAUACAACUAACAGCCAUUUUUCAUUUUUUUUUUGUUUUGGUUUUGUUAAUAUUGUAUAGGGGUAUUCAUCGUCUGAAAGCAUGGUUUAGGAAGUAUUUAGAUCUGCAGUGUUGUGUACCAGCAAUUCCAAUGCCAUAACAUACGUUUUGUAUGAUUCAUAUUUCAUAAAUUCUGAUCCGAAUUUGAGAAGUUCAAGCUUUUGGUUGUAGGAAAAAUAGAAGUUCGUAUUUAA